GACGCCAAUAAUAGCAGUUGAACUGUAAUUUAACCGGAAACUUAACUGAAACAAUAUGACUGGCCGUGGUAAAGGUGGAAAAGGCUUGGGUAAAGGUGGCGCUAAGCGUCAUCGCAAGGUGUUGCGUGAUAAUAUCCAGGGAAUAACUAAGCCUGCUAUUCGCCGCUUGGCUCGUCGCGGUGGCGUCAAGCGCAUUUCGGGCUUGAUUUAUGAAGAAACCCGUGGCGUCUUGAAGGUUUUCUUGGAAAACGUCAUUCGCGAUGCUGUUACCUACACUGAGCACGCCAAGCGCAAGACGGUCACUGCUAUGGACGUUGUCUACGCCUUGAAACGCCAGGGACGCACUUUGUACGGAUUCGGCGGUUAAAUUCCCCCAUUGGGUCCUCAAGUAUAUAUCUCAACGCGCAGCGCCUGCAAAAUUAUGCAUAUACACAUAUAUGAGUAUUUUUAAUCUUUUCACUUAUAUCACACCUACUGGAAACUAAAUCAUAAACAUAUUUGAUGAAAUUAAACCUCCAUAAUUCCAAAAUUAUGGCACACAUAAGUGCAUAUCUAACGUACGUAUGCAUAUACGUGUAUAACUUCUAUAUUGGAAUACGUAGAACAAAUGUUGAAUUUCACAUACUAACUUAAAAAUAAACCAUUUCCUGAAGGCGCAAA